AUGGCGGUUGGGAAGAACAAGUGCCUGACAAAAGGUGGCAAGAAGGGAGCUAAGAAGAAAGUGGUUGAUCCAUUCUCUAAGAAAGACUGGUAUGAUGUGAAAGCUCCAGCAAUGUUCAAUAUUAGGAGCAUCCGGAAAACACUAGUCACGAGGACUCAAGGUGCCAAAACUGCACCUGAUGGCCUCGAGGGCCGUGUGUUUGAAGGGAGACUUGCCGAUCUACAGAAUGACGAAGAUGCAUUUAGAAAAUUCAAGCUAAUUACUGAGGAUGUUCAGGGCAAAAACUGUCUGACUAACUUCCAUGGCAUCAAUCUUACCCGGGACAAAAUGUGCUCCAUGGUCAAAAAGUGGCAGACCAUGAUUGAAGCUCAUGUUGAUGUGAAGACGACCGAUGGGUAUUUGGUCCGACUUUUCUGUGUUGGUUUCACUAAAAAACGCAACAACCUGAUUAGAAAGACAUCCUAUGCCCAGCAUCAGCAGGUCCGCCAGAUACAGAAGAAGAUGAUGGAAAUCAUGACCCGAGAAGUGCAGACAAACGAGUUGAAGGAAGUAGUUAAUAAACUGAUUUUAGGCAGCAUUGGGAAAGACAUAGAGAAGGUUUGCCAGUCCAUCCAUCCUCUCCAUGACGUCUUUGUUAGGAAAGUCAAAAUGCUGAAGAAACCCAAGUUUGAAUUGGGAAAACCCAUGGAGCUCCAUGGUGAAGGCUCUCACAAAACAACUGGUGAGGAGACAAGUGCUAAAGUUGAACGAGCUGAUGGCUAUGAACCACCAGCCCAAGAAUUAGUUUAA